UGAUGAUAGAACAACAUUUUCAAAAUGUAUGAUUAUGUCCCUUUCCUUACAAAUAGAAGUGGGUUUCCUAUUAACGCAGAAACUUGGAAAUCAAUGUUCGAUUUCUGUUUAAAACAAAACAGCGACUGUAAAAAGCAGAUCGCCGAUCUAUAUGAAUCUUUCGAAGAUCACGUUAUAUCCAAAAUGCCUGGUGGAUAAAAUUGAAACAGCAGAAAUGUUUUUAAGUAAAGUACAAAAUUACCUCAACAGUCUUGAAUACAAUUAUACUGGAAUGCAGUUCUUCCAAAUAAAUCGAGGUGCAUCUAUUGUUAGGUAAAUCCGUUCGACCAAACCUACUAUAAAUUAUUUGAAUGUAUGUUCGUUAUUUUGACUGUAUAGACUUGAGGAGGUUGUAAAAAUGAUAAUGUUGGCUUCACUCCCUAUAAAAUGUCUAGAGGCAACAAUAUUAGCCAUUUUUCUCACACAAGGUCAAGAAUACCUAAAACGUUUUACAAUAUCCUUCGUUUCUGAAUUCAAUGGUAAAGUAUUUAGACACGUCGUGCUUGGAAUAUACUCAAGUGGUUUAUUUGGUGCAUUGGGGUUGAGUCGACGAGAAAAUCUGAUGUAUAAACCGCUUAACUUCCCAAGUUUAUCUUUACUAAUAAAUAAUUACACUGAAGCAUAUCAUGGUCAUCAUCAUAAGUUAUUGAGAGUGAAAAUUGGUCUACCUAUCUCACAUCGACCGUAUAUGUUGGAAAAAAUCCAAUGGAAGGGUAUCCUUAUCCCAUUUAACAAAGGGUAUACUAAAAAAGAUGUAAACAACAUUUUGGAUCACUAUUCGCGAUUUUUACGGGGUUCAACUAAUGUGAUUGUUAGAAAGAGUCUGCCAAAUAUAUCUUCAGAUUCAUUCAAAACAGCAAAAAAACAACAGAAUCCUUCCUACAGAAAAGUAAUACGUUUAGGUAUGGUUCGAAAUAAAUCGGACAAUAAGGUCACAUCAUUGUUAUCAACUUCAAGUACCUGGAGAAGUGUUACAAAUUUACCAAUUAUUAAUUCAAAAGUUGCAAGAAGCCAAACAUCAACAAACUCUUAUGAAGUACGAAUUUGA